UUUCUAAACGGGACUUAGGAUAUUCCCUUCUCGAUCCUGCUCCUUCCUUUUUUCUCCCUACUUGCGAGCGAGCCAACUCUUACUUGUUCCUCAAUCAGCUCCCCUCGCGUCCCCUGUCGCUUUCGGGGUGUGGGUGGGGAUGGAAACUAACUCGGCUGGGACGCAUUUUCGCUUCCGCUUUUUUUUCGACGGCCCGUUCAUAAGUCCCAUCGGAGGAGGAGGAGGAAGAAGAGGAGGAAGAAAACCUGUUUUAGAACUUGCGGAUGGCAGACGGAAGGCAGCGAUGCUCGCUACUCUGUGCCACUCACUACUCCUCGUAAAGUCCUGGCUUCCCCUCCCUGCGGCGGGACAGCGCUGCAAGCUCUCCUCCGCCUCCCGCCACUUCCUCGUUGCACAAGCCGCAGCGAGCCUCCCAGGUGCUCAGUUCACCCCAAGCUCGCCCUGAAGGAAGAGGACGGCCGAUCGGGGGCCCCAAUCCGGGCCCGGGUGCGGGGCUAACAGGACUGGACCGGGAACCGCUGCUACUGCUGCUGCUGCUCUUCCGCCGAUGCCCCGGGCUCCCGCCUCUCCAUGCCCGGAGCCGGGGCUGGCGGGAACGACACGCUCUUCCCCUUCUUUUCGGACUUCAAGGACGCGGCCGUCCGCCUGGGGCUGAGCAUCGUGGAGACGGUGGUGCUGGCCUCGAUCUUCGGCCUGGCCUUGGUGGCCAACGCGGGCGCCAUCCGGCUGGUGCUGCGCCGCAAGGGCCGGCCGGGCGCCGCCAGCUGCCUGGUGCUCAACCUCUUCUGCGCCGACCUGCUCUUCAUCAGCGCCAUCCCGGUCAUCGCGGUGGUGCGCUGGACCGAGAGCUGGACGCUGGGCGAGGCCGUCUGCCACCUGCUCUUCUACCUGAUGAGCCUGAGCGGCAGCGUCACCAUCCUCUCGCUGGCCGCCGUCAGCUUGGAGCGGGUGGUCAGCAUCGUCCGCCUCAAGCCCUCCAAGCCCUGGAAGGGCCGGCUGGUGGCCGCCUGCCUGCUGUCCAUUUGGGUCUUGGCGGCUCUGGCCACCCUCCCGCUCAGCCUCUUCUUCAGCGUCCAGCCGCUGCCCACCAGGGGCCAGGAAGUGUAUAUCUGCACCUUGGUUUGGCCGACCAUUGCAGGAGAAAUCGCUUGGGAUGUGUCCUUUGUCACUGUGAUCUUCCUAAUACCAGGACUGGUCAUUGUAAUUAGUUAUUCAAAGAUUUUACAGAAUAAUCACUUCUCCGACUUUGUGGAUAAUCAAACUGGUUAUACAACCAACAAUAUGCUCACUGUUCCCAUUAUGCAAUGCAAGGAAGUUCUUGCAGUUUUCAUGGCACUUAACAAACAAAAUGCUUCUGAGUUCUCUAAAGAGGAUGAAGAUGUCUUUAAUAAAUAUAUUCAGUUCCUUUCCCUUGUUGUGAAACAAAACCAUAUUACAUACCUGUAUAACGUUGAACUUAGAAAGAGUCAGAUACUUUUAUGGUCUGCCAACAAAGUAUUUGAAGAACUUACAGAUAUUGAGCGACAGUUUCACAAAGCCAUGUAUACUAUUCGACAAUAUUUAAAUUGCGAAAGAUAUUCCAUUGGUCUGCUGGACAUGACCAAAGAGAAGGAAUUUUACGAUGAAUGGCCAAUUAAAUUGGGAGAAGUAGAGCCUUACAAAGGACCAAAGACCCCUGAUGGUCGGGAAAUUAACUUUUAUAAGCUAAUCGAUUAUAUUCUACAUGGAGAAGAACAAAUUCAAGUAAUUCCGUCACCUCCUGCAGAUCACUGGUGUCUUGUGAGUGGCUUACCAACUUAUGUUGCUGUAAAUGGAUUUAUUUGCAAUAUGAUGAAUGCACAAGCAGACGAAUACUUCGCUUUUCAGAGAGAACCUUUGGACGACUCAGGCUGGACUGUAAAAAAUGUCUUAUCUUUACCUAUUGUAAACAAAAAAGAAGAGAUUGUAGGCGUAGCUACGUUUUACAACAGGAAAGAUGGAAAACCAUUUGAUGAAUAUGACGAACAGAUAACUGAAAUGCUUACACAAUUCCUUGGAUGGUCUGUUUUAAAUCCUGAGACAUAUGAGAAACUGAAUAAGAUGGAAAAUCGGAAAGAUAUUGCUCAGGAAAUGCUCAUGUAUCAGACAAAAGCAACACCUUCAGAAGUUAAAAGUAUACUGAAAUGCAAAGAAAAAUUGAAUCAAGAUAAUUUUGAAGACUGUGAUGAGAAAGAACUUGUUAAAAUUCUGGCAGAGGAAUUACCUGAGCCAGGCAGCGUUGAACUCUUUGAAUUUCACUUCAGCGACUUCCCUGUUACAGAUCAUGACUUGAUCAAGUGCGGCAUACAAAUGUUCUUCCAGUUAAAAGUUGUAGAGAAGUUCAAAGUACCACCAGAGGUACUCACAAGAUGGAUGUAUACAAUCAGAAAAGGAUAUCGUGACAUCACUUACCACAACUGGCGGCAUGGAUUUAACGUUGGACAGACCAUGUUUGCUCUUUUAAUGACUGGUAAGUUAAAGAAAUAUUACACUGACCUAGAAGCCUUUGCUAUGGUAGCUGCAGCUUUUUGCCAUGAUAUUGACCACAGAGGAACCAACAACUUAUAUCAAAUGAAGUCAGCAGCUCCAUUGGCAAAGCUCCAUGGCUCUUCCAUUUUAGAAAGGCACCAUCUAGAGUACAGUAAAACCCUGCUACAGGAUGAGAGUUUAAACAUCUUCCAAAAUCUGAAUAAACGCCAGCAUGAAAAUAUUUUGCAUAUAUUUGAAGUUUGCAUCAUAGCAACUGACUUGGCUCUGUAUUUCAAAAAAAGGACUAUGUUUCAGAAAAUAGUGGAUGCCACUGAAAAAAUGGAAGAUGAGAAUGAAGCAAUUAAAUACAUAACUAUGGACCCUACCAAAAAAGAAGUAAUCAUGGCUAUGAUGAUGACUGGCUGUGACCUUUCUGCCAUCACUAAACCUUGGGAGGUGCAAAGUAAGGUUGCUUUGAUGGUUGCAAGUGAAUUUUGGGAGCAAGGUGAUCUUGAACAAACAGUCCUACAGCAACAGCCAAUUCCUUUGAUGGACAGAGCCAAGAAGGAUGAAUUACCUAAGCUUCAAUGUGGUUUCAUUGAUUUUGUAUGUACCUUUGUGUAUAAGGAAUUCUCAAGGUUCCAUAAAGAAAUUACACCUAUGCUUGAUGGUCUUCAAAACAAUCGAGUGAAAUGGAAAGCGCUAGGUGAUAUUUAUGACGAGAAGAUGAAAGCUCUUGAAGAAGAAAAGAAAAAGCUAGAAGUUGAUGGCAAGAAAGCAGAAGAUAGUGGAAAUGGAGACUCAGCAGAUGGCAAAUCAAAAACAUGUAUAAUUUUAUAAUUAAAUGCAAGAGGUGCUACAAUCAAGAAAUCUAUCAACAUCUUCAGUGAGGUCAAGGAUUUCUGUCAAUGUAUGGAACAUAAACUGUUCAGUCUUUGCUUAUUUACCGGUACUAACUAAAAGAAUGGAAGUGGAACAUUUCCACCAAAGGAAAAUGGAAAUGGUUAAAGAAAUGAAUAACCUGAGAUUACUUUGUUAAAAGUGAUUGUGGACUCAUUUCUUGGUUGCUGCUGUUCUCAAUUAAUACUUUCUUUAUUUAAUGUAUUAAAACUUGUGAACUUUCAAGAAAUUAUAAUUUUACACAACUGUCAAUUAAUUUCAUGAUAAACUCUGUAUUGCACAAUACAGAGCACUGUAAUUGUAGCACUGUAAUUAUUAAUGCACAGAAGUAAGUUUUAUAUUAUGUCUAGUUACUUCCCCUGGAAUAAUUUAUAUUCUUACUUUUACUAUUACCAAUAAAGUUAUAGCUCAUGUCAUUUUGAAAGCUCUAUCUUUAGCAUAAGCUUAUGGCUAGAAACGGGCUUACUUCAAAAAUAUCUCUAAAUUCAGAAAAAGGAUUCUAGUACAGAGUCCUCAACUUAUGACCGUUGGAAUUAUGAUCGUUAGUCAUUGUGUUUGUAAGUCGAGGCAUCACAUGAUCGGACAUGAUUUUUCAAUAUUUUAUUUGCGGCGGUUAAGUCAACCAUGUGAUUGUUAAGUGAAUCCAUUUUUCACAAUGGGCAUUUUGCCAAAAACUGGAAGUAAUGCCACAAAUGGACAAAAAAUAUUGCAAAUCAUGGUUAUGUGAGUGUGGGAUGCUGCAAACAGCCAUAAAGGUGUUUGGGGUGAUUUUUCAGUUUAGCCUACAAAUAUUGUAUUUACUCAGACAAAUGAAUUAUAUAUUUUAUGAUUAUA